UAUAUUAAGUUAUAUUAUACUUCUAUUAUUUAAUGAGUGUAUUUAAAAUAAGUAGAUUAUUUAGAAGAAAACUAAAGUAUUACCUUUAAAAUACCCCCAACAAUAAUAAUUACCGCCAAACAAAUCUCCACAUAUAUUUAAACAAAUAGUCAUUAGUCAACAAUAUUCAAUAAAAAUCAAUCAUAUGUCAAUAUAGAAAUGUUUGAAACAUUGAAUGAUUUCUGUCAGGCAUCUAAAUUCUUGAUGACUGACCAACUAGAACACCAGUGUUCAUUACAGCAGUAUGAUAAAGAAACUAUGUCAAAUUUAAGUAGUCUAAUGAAUAUUUAUUAUGCAUUCAAUUACUAUUAUAACAAUAACAGCAGUCAUUACAUUGAUAAUAGUCAACAGAAAUCAAAUAUUGAGCCUGUAAUGAUGACCCCUUUCAUAACAACACUUAGCCCAUAUACAGAAUAUCCAAUCUGGUCGUCUAUCCUGAUUUCCGCGGCUGCAGCAGCUGCAGCUUCUACUAAUAAACUGACGCCUACUUUAUCAUCUUGUGUAACAAUGCCAUCAACAUCAGGAGAACAAUGUGAUACCCUUCUGUCUUUACCUUCAUUAUCAUCGAUUAUUUUAGCUAAUAAUGAAUUACCAAAAGAGGUAGAUAUGAUGAAAGGGAAGUAUGAAAAUGAAUUUCUAAGUAAAUUCUUUAAUUGUGCAUUAAUGGAGAGUGAAAAUUUCUGCUGUAAUGAAACAGAACAAUUGAAUUUAUCCUCAUUAUCGUCAUUAUCGACGUCAUCAUCCACUUCGUCUUCUUUAUGCUCGACUUCAUCAGUCUCCUCCUCCUCAUCAUCAUCAUCAUCAUCGGGAUCAAAAUUAUCAGAUACCAAAAGAAGCAGUGGAUUUUUUGUCAAAGAUUUAAUUAAUUCAGAUCACUGUGAGCGUUACUCAAGAUAUGACGACAGUUGUAUGAAUGAUUGUCAUCAUGUGAAAGAAGGCAAGAGAGUCAGUGAACAGGAUCCUAAGGACGAAGAAGAAGAAGAAGUCAUAGGUGAGUGUGAUACCACCAUGAAAGACAAUAGUAAAAACUGUGAUGACGAUCAUGUUUCAAACAGUUUAAAAAAUUUAUUUAACAUGAAUGUAAAAAAGGCGAGUUCAACUGUCAAAUUCACUACUAUAUCACAAGAUGCGCAUAAAAUGAACUGUGCUAAAAAAGCAUCAAAGGAAGAGGUGAAUCGAUUAAAAUCUAACCGUCAUAAUAGUCAUAAUAGAAAGUUGAAUUCCCGCCAUCGGACAAAUGAGGCUAGUUCAUCAUCGAAUAAAUUGACUACAAAUGAUGCAGCAAGUAGAUUACAUUUACCUGCAUGGGUAUUUUGUACAAGAUAUUCUGACCGUCCAUCAUCAGGUCCAAGGAUAAGAAAACCACGAAUGUGUCGAACAAAUGAUGAAAUUAACUAAAGCGACCACGAACUUCUUUCACUGUACCACAGUUGAAACGUCUUAGUCAAGAAUUUGAACAGAAUCGCUAUCUUGAUGAGAUUCGUCGUAAGAAACUUGCCAAAGAACUGGAUUUAAGAGAAUCACAAGUGAAAAUUUGGUUUCAGAAUAAACGUGCAAAAACGAAGAAGGCGUCUGGAGCACAGAACUGCUUGGCACUGCAUCUAAUGGCUGAAGGUCUUUACAAUCAUUCAGUUCGAGUUCGUCCUGAUUCAGAAGACAACAGUGACGAUAUGAUUGUCUCAGAAUAAUGUUGUUUAAAAAUCAGCAUUAACAAUAAUCACAAUAACAAUAUAUGAUGAAUAUGUGUAUAUGAAAAGUUAUCCAAAGAAUUUGUAUAUUAAUUCACAUCAUUUAAUGCUUUUUAAAAUCAUUUAUCAUUUAUUAUAAUAUAUAAAAAAUGGCCUAUGAAGGCAUUGAUCACUUUUUUUUCUCAUUGAAUAUUUGUUUAUUUGAAUCAUUGAACAUAUAAUGCCAUGGAAAUAAGCUUGAUUGAUUAAUCUGAAUUGUUUAUAUACUUAAACAUACAUAUAUAUUAUAUGUAUUAUGGUGAUUCGUAAUUCAAAUUUAGUUUUCAGUUUCAUUUUAUUUUAAUUAUUCAUUUCUUUGUGACUAUUUUUUUUUUGAAUAUGUAAUAUGCUUGCUUAUUUUACUUAUUUAAACAACAGCAAAAAUUCAUUCUUGGAUUGGGAUUACACUUUUGAUUUUGGAAUUUUUUUAUAUUUUAAACAAAACUUGAGGCAAUAAAUCAUUUCUACUUGUUUUUAUUGAUUUGUUUGAAUUUUUCGAAGUUUUUAGUUCAGUCUAAUUUUAUUUAUUAAUUGCGACAAACUAAUUAGUUAUUUUUAUGCCAGUCAUAUUCAUAUGUCUCUUUUACAUACAAAAAAAAGAAUGUAAAAGCACAAUAUAACGACUGUUUUCCUUUAUUUUAUUGUGUGAAGAAUAAAUUAUUAUUAUUAUU